AUGGAUACACUUGGAAAUAGCAUUCAGACUGAGACGAUUCAGCUGGGACCUAUUGACGCGCAGUUUACGUCGCUGACUGCCCCGCUUGUGUUCAUAUAUGGCAACUCCGACAGCUCUGCAGAAUUCAUGCCCACCGACAAACUGAAGCACAGCCUUUAUGUUACACUGCAGCGGUUCCCUGUGCUCGUCGGUCACUUGAAGGAGAAGCAGUACGGCCUGGACGAGAUCAUAAUUGACAAGGAUGACUUGAAUCUGCCGACAUUCGAAGAGUCUGCCAGCGAUGUCCACUAUGAUGACAUAAAAACUAACAAUUUUCACUGGACGUCGUGGCCGCCAGAACGGCCAAAUGCAAUGUCGCUGGUGACCCAUCAUGAUGUCAGCAGCAAAGCAAGGCUGCUCCAGAUCCAUAUCUCCCGGCUUCGUGACAACUCUGGCGUGAUACUCUCGGUCAGCAUACUCCAUAGCAUCAUGGAUGGGCACGGGUUCUUUGCGUUUAUGAAUGUCUGGUCCCGUACCUGUAGAUUAGGCGAUAGCACUUCGCCAGUGGCGUACCUGCUCAAUCGCAGUGUCAUUGCUGACAGUCUUCCAGCAGACCGCAAGCCUAUCGACAAGGCAGUUUUCGACAUUUUUUCGGCAUUCAAUCCUGUAGCUGAGCUGCUAGCAUGGGUUUCGCAUCGGACACGCAGCUGGGUGCUGAAAAAGGGGGUUGAGGCAGCGGACGGCGAGGCGCAUUUCUUCCGCAUUCCUGGCGAUGCGCUAGACAGACUGCGGAGUGCUGUCAGGCAGCAUGUGCCUCAACACACGCGCAUUUCUAAUAACGACCUGUUGGUAUCGCUCAUUUGCCACACUAUCGCGUGUGCACAAAAGGAGGUCUCGGAUAUCAACUCCCAGGGCGCGGUGGCUGGAGCCAUUUCAUCAAUGUGGGAAUUUAUGGUGGGCAAAAAGCCCAGGCAUUUCGGGUCAUUUGUUGUGUGCGAUAUACGAUGCCGUGUUGGCAUUCUUGACAAGAACUACAUGGGGAAUGCGGUCGUAGCGCCUAUUGCGCAGAUGCCUCUGGACAGGCUCUCUGAGCAAAUCACUGUCGAAUCUCUGGCUCACGGUGCCCGCUGCGUCCGGUCUGCAGUUGAUAAUAUCGAUGGUCAGUAUGUGCGCGGAUACUUGGAUGCAUAUGAGAAACACCCGACCGCGUUUGCCCGGUCGAUGGUUGCAUCGGGUGCUGACCGCAACUUGCUGUCGAUCACCAAUGUUACGCGAUUCAAUGUGUACGACAGUGAUUUUGGAUAUGGCCAGCCAGCGUGGGUGUGUCCACCACCGAUUUUUGCGCCAGGGGUCGCGGUGCUUCUUCCCAGUGCCGAGUCAACCACGGAUGUCGUUGCAUAUGUGAUUGCUGAGAAGCCAGUCAUGGAACGCAUGCUCGAGAACCGGUUCUGGAUGGAUGUAGUGGAGGUCAUCAACUAA